AUGGGAGGAGCUUCUGCAGAUCUUCACCACCAUGAAUCAGACAUAGAGCUUAUUGAUGCUGAAAGGACUGAAACCAACAGCACAAAGUUAGGGGAUUCAGAGUCAAAAGCUGGCAGUGAUGUUGGACUUGACGGUGGCAUCAAAUCUCAGGAUGAGGUUGAAGGACACUAUGUUGAGGUCACCAUGGACAUUCAAGGUGACUCUGUGGCCUUACACAGUGUUAAAGCUUUUGGUGGUGUUGAUGUGGUGGAAGAGGAGGGUGAGAAGUUGGGUUUGAUGGGGAAGAGGCUUGAGAAAAAAAGAUCCUUUGGUGCCUCUGUGGUUCAGAAUGCUGCUAUCCGCAUGAAGCAGCUGAAGCGUUUGGCUUCUUUCUCCAAACCAGCACCAAAACACUUUGAAAGAACAAAGUCUGCUGUGGCUCAUGCUCUCACGGGGCUCAAGUUUAUCAGCAAGACCGAUGGUGGUGCAGGAUGGGGUGAGGUGGAGAAGCGGUAUGCGAAGCUUACUGCUACCACUGAUGGCUAUCUUCCUCGUGCUCUCUUUGCUCAAUGCUUAGGGUUGAACAAGGAGUCUGAGGCUUAUGCAGAGAAGCUUUUUGAUACUCUUGCUAGGCAGAGAGGUAUUCAAGGGGGUUCCAUUAACAAGAUCCAGUUGAGGGAGUUCUGGGACCAUAUUUGUGACCAGAGCUUUGAUACUAGGCUCAAAACAUUCUUUGACAUGGUUGAUAAAGAUGCAGAUGGCAGAAUCACCGAGGAAGAAAUUAAAGAGAUUAUAUGCCUUAGCGCCACUGCCAACAAACUGUCAAAUAUCCAGAAGCAAGCUGAGGAAUAUGCAGCUUUGAUCAUGGAAGAACUGGACCCUGAUGACUCCGGCUACAUCAUGAUAGACAGCCUGGAGACACUUUUGUUGCAUGGACCAGAGGAAACUACAAGAGGAGAAAGCAAGAACCUGAGCCAAAUGCUAAGCCAGAAGCUCAAGCCUACGUACGUGGACAGUGCUAUUAUGAGGUGGUAUAGGGAGGCCAAGUACAUUUUGCUGGACAAUUGGCAAAGAUCUUGGGUAAUUGCACUGUGGAUUGGCGUUAUGUUAGGCCUAUUUGUCUAUAAAUUUGUGCAAUAUCGGAGAAGAGCUGCCUAUGAGGUAAUGGGCCAUUGUGUAUGCAUGGCAAAGGGUGCAGCAGAGACACUUAAAUUGAACAUGGCUCUUAUCUUGUUACCUGUUUGCCGAAACACCAUCACCUGGCUCAGAAAUAAGACCAAACUAGGUGCUGUAGUUCCUUUUGACGACAACAUCAACUUCCACAAGGUAAUAGCUGUGGCAAUAGCAAUUGGUGUUGGUAUACAUGCCAUCUAUCAUCUUACUUGUGAUUUUCCUCGCCUUCUUCAUGCAAGUGAUGAAAAGUACAAACUGAUGAAACCCUUUUUCGGAGACAGACCAUCAAAUUAUUGGUAUUUUCUCAAAUCAUGGGAAGGAGUAACUGGUAUAAUAAUGAUUGUGCUAAUGGCAAUAGCUUUUACAUUGGCCAACCCUGCAUUCAGGAGAGGCCGGACCAAACUACCCAAACCCUUCAACAAACUCACAGGUUUCAAUGCCUUUUGGUAUACUCAUCAUCUCUUCGUGUUUGUCUAUGCCCUGUUGGUUGUGCAUGGAAUCAAACUGUACUUGACUAAGGAAUGGUACAAGAAAACGACAUGGAUGUAUCUGGCAGUUCCCAUCACCAUUUAUGCAUUGGAAAGACUGAUUAGAGCACUCAGAUCAAGCAUUAAGUCUGUCAAAAUAUUGAGGGUGACUCUUUAUCCUGGAAAUGUGUUAUCACUUCAAAUGUCAAAGCCGCAGGGGUUUAGCUACAAAAGUGGACAAUACAUGUUUGUCAACUGUGCUGCUGUCUCUCCAUUCGAAUGGCAUCCAUUUUCCAUAACUUCAGCCCCUGAUGAUGAUUACCUUAGCGUUCACAUAAAAGUAAUUGGUGAUUGGACCAGAAGUCUGAAAACCAAAUUCUCACAGGCAUGCCAACAACCCCUCAAUGGGCAGAGUGGACUUCUAAGAGCUGAAUGCUUGAAAGGAGAUAACAGUUCAAUAUGUUUCCCGCGAGUUCUGGUGGAUGGACCGUACGGGGCUCCAGCACAGGACUACAGGGAGUACGAGGUGGUUCUGCUGGUGGGGCUAGGAAUAGGGGCAACCCCAAUGAUAAGCAUUCUGAAGGACAUGGUAAAGAGGUUGAAGGAGAUAGAGGAGGAAGAGGGGACAAUGGAGGAGGGAAAAGGAGGGAAAUCACCACAGCAGAAGAGUGGUGGUGAUGAGUUUAAGACAAGGAGGGCAUACUUCUACUGGGUGACGAGGGAGCAAGGUUCCUUCGACUGGUUCAAAGGGGUGAUGAACGAGGUCGCAGAAGAGGAUCGAAGGAAGGUGAUAGAACUCCACAGUUACUGCACCAGUGUGUACGAAGAAGGUGACGCUCGUUCUGCACUCAUUGCCAUGUUGCAGUCCAUCAACCAUGCCAAGCAUGGUCUCGACAUUGUCUCUGGCACGCGCGUCAUGUCUCACUUCGCCAAACCCAAUUGGCGUAGUGUUUACAAGCGCAUUGCGCUUAAUCAUCCAAAUGCUCGUGUUGGGGUGUUUUACUGUGGGCCAUCAGCUCUCACCCAUGAGCUUCGUCAGCUAGCAUUGGAUUUCUCUCACAACACAUCCACCAAGUACGAUUUCCACAAAGAAAAUUUCUGA